AUGGCUACACUAGCGAUAGAGAACUUGUUUAGCGUGAAAGGAAAAGUCGCCCUGGUUACCGGCGGAGGAACUGGAAUUGGGCGUAUGAUUGCAGCAGGUCUGACUCAAAAUGGUGCCAAAGUGUACAUUGCAUCACGCAAACGGGACGUUGUGGAGAAGACUGCUGCUGAGCUUAGUGUCAAUGGCGGUAAAUGUAUCGCUCUGGUGGCAGAUUUGAGCUCGAAGGCUGGGUGUCUGAAGCUUGCUGCUGAGCUACAGGCACGAGAGCCGAUUCUACACAUACUGGUCAACAAUUCUGGCGGUGCUUGGGGUGGUAAGCUGGAGGAUUUCCCUGAACAAGGAUGGGACAAGCUCGUUGCACUGAAUGUGAAGAAUCUGUUUUACAUGACCGUCGCCUGUCUACCAAUGCUGGAGAAGGGAGCUAACGGAAACAUUGAUCCCAGUCGAGUCAUCAAUGUAACGUCUAUCGCAGGAUACACAAACCAUUCAGAGAAUGUUACCACUGGAAUUGGUGAAGGAUCAUGGAGUUACAAUCCAACCAAGGCUGCUGCUAAUCACCUAACACGUAUUAUGGCGGUGACGCUUGCCAAGCGGAAUAUCACAGUGAAUGCCAUCGCGCCAGGUGUUUACUUGACGAAUAUGACGUCUUAUGGGUACUCUGUUCAUAAAGAGAAGUUCCAAUCAGGACAACCAAUGGGCAGAAUAGGUUCUGUGGAUGAUAUGGCUGGCUUGGCGCUCUAUUUGAGCUCAAAGGCUUCCGCUCAUCUUACCGGUGCUAUUGUUGAUACAUCGGGAGGGCAAAGCUUAUUGUCUAGUGCUUCGUCCAAGUUUUAG